GGGACCGGCUACAGGCAGCAUCGCCAAGCGGCUGAGCUCGGUGGGGGCGGAGAACACGGAGGAGAACCGGCGCUGGUACCGGCAGGGGGCCGGGACGGCGCCGCCGACAGCCGGGUGGACGCCUGCAUCGGUGGGGUCAUCCUCUUCCACGAGACCCUCUACCAGAAGGCGGACGAUGGGCGUCCCUUCCCCCAGGUCAUCCGCGGCAAGGGCGCCCUCGUCGGCAUCAAGGUGGACAAGGGGGUCGUGCCCCUGGCUGGCACCAACGGCGAGACCACGACCCAGGGGCUGGACGGGCUGAUGGAGCGCUGCGCCCAGUACAAGAAGGAUGGGGCUGACUUCGCCAAGUGGCGUUGUGUCCUCAAGAUCUCCGAGCACACGCCCACGCGCCUGGCCGUGAUGGAGAACGCCAACGUCCUCGCCCGCUAUGCCAGCAUCUGCCAGCAGAACGGCAUCGUCCCCAUCGUGGAGCCUGAGAUCCUCCCAGAUGGUGACCAUGACCUGAAGCACUGCCAGUACGUGACCGAGAAGGUGCUGGCAGCUGUCUACAAGGCGCUGAGCGACCACCACGUCUACCUGGAGGGGACGCUGCUGAAGCCCAACAUGGUGACACCAGGCCACGCCUGCACCAAGAAGUACAGCCCCGAGGAGAUCGCCAUGGCCACCGUCACUGCCCUGCGCCGCACCGUGCCCCCCGCCGUCCCCGGCAUCACGUUCCUGUCGGGAGGCCAAAGCGAGGAGGAGGCGUCCCUCAACCUCAACGCCAUCAACCGUUGUCCCCUGGCGCGGCCCUGGGCCCUGGAGGGCUCUGUCACCGUCACCCCCCUGGGGCGUCCGGGCGGGGACCCAGGCGUUUGGGCGUGGCAGGUUCGCUACCCGGACCGCAUCACGCUGAUCCGGGGGAACCACGAGAGCCGGCAGAUUACCCAGGUCUACGGCUUCUACGACGAGUGCUUGCGCAAGUACGGCUCCGUCACCGUCUGGCGUUACUGCACCGAGAUCUUCGACUACCUCAGCCUCUCCGCCAUCAUCGACGGCAAGAUCUUCUGCGUGCACGGGGGCCUCUCGCCCUCCAUCCAGACGCUGGACCAGAUCCGCACCAUCGACCGCAAGCAGGAGGUGCCCCACGAUGGCCCCAUGUGCGACCUCCUCUGGUCCGACCCCGAGGACACGACGGGCUGGGGCGUGUCCCCGCGGGGUGCCGGGUACCUGUUCGGCAGCGACGUGGUGGCCCAGUUCAACGCGUCCAAUGACAUCGACAUGAUCUGCCGGGCUCACCAGCUCGUCAUGGAGGGCUACAAGUGGCACUUCAACGAGACCGUCCUCACUGUCUGGUCUGCUCCCAACUACUGCUACAGGUGCGGGAACGUGGCAGCCAUCUUGGAGCUGGACGAGCACCUGCAGAAGGAGUUCAUCAUCUUCGAGGCGGCGCCGCAGGAGACGCGGGGGAUCCCCUCCAAGAAGCCGGUGGCCGACUACUUCCUGUGACACCCCCUGGCCCCGCCCGCGUCCCCAACGGAUCACCCGCAUCCCCUGGGGCCACCUAGGGCCACCCUGGGGCCACCGUGUCCCCAGGAGACAUGGGGUGUCCCCUCCACGAUGGCCACUGCUGGUGGCAUCUAGGGAGGCUCGGUGUUGCCGUGUCCCCUGGGGUCACCUAGAGGCACCCCGGGGUCCCCCAGGGCCACCGUGGCCCCGGGAGAUGUGGGGCGUCCCCUCCGAAGUGGCCACUAGUGGUGGCAUCUAGGGGGGGCUUGGAGACAUCGCUGUGUUCCUUGUCCCCUCGUGGACCACCACAGUGUCACUCAUGGCCCCUGGGGUCACCUAGAGCCACGCCAGGGCUACCCUGUCCUCAGGAGAUGUGGGGUGUCCCCUCCAAGAUGGCCACUGCUGGCGGCAUCUAGGGAGGCGUGGGGACAUUGCCCUGUUCCUUGUCUUCUCCUGGGCCACCAUGGUGUCACCCGUGUCCCCUGGGGUCACCUAGAGCCACCCCCUGCCCCCCAAAGUGGCCUUGUCCUCUCCUGUCCCCCCGGGUCACCCUCCCUUGGGGACACCCUUGUCCCUUUCAUGUCCCUUUGGGGCCACCCGUGACCUUUGGGGACCCCCCAUGACUUUUGGGGA